CGUAGCAACUUCGCAUUUGAUCAACUUGAGCUAGCGUUUGGUUUGGCGAAAGGCAUUUAGCAACGAGGACGGUAUCCCUGACAACAACAGGGUAGGCAGCACAUUACCCCGGGGAAAGGUUAGUUUCCUCGCAAGAAGGCACAAUGUCCUCCACACCGAAAGAUUCGAAGCCACAGACUCCUGUCAACAUGGAGCUGAAUCUAAACCCAAAGGAACAAGAAUUUCUCAAAGCAAAAUCGUAUCUACUUACAGCGAGCACAAACACAGGAGUAAAUGUGUAUGAUCACUUGUCAAGGGUGCUGACAAAGGUACUCGAUGAAAGGCCUGACAAUGUAGCAGAUGUUUUUGAAGAUAUUAGCAAAGAUGUAAAAAGAUCAAAAUUCACAUCGGAUGCUGAUACAGUCCUUGACAAAGUAGACAGAACAACAGAAGUGUCACUUGCACAAGUUCAGAGGAGACUCUUCACAAAAGGUGAAGGUGAUGAUGACGACAUCCAGCAAGAUGAGGAAGUGGAGACUCCCUUGCCUAACCUCAUGGAGCUAUGCUUCUACUUUGAGCAAGCUGGGAUCGGACUCAACAGAGAAGAAAUGAUCCGCAUCUGGUUGGCUCUUAAGAGUCUGGUGGACAACCAUCCUCUACAGCAUGUCAGAUUCUGGGGCAAGAUCUUCGGUCGGGAACAGAAUUACUACGUUGCUGAGGUUGAGUACAGGGAAGGGGAUGAGGAAGAAGAGGAGGAGGAAGAAGAGGAGCAGAAUGAGGAAGAUGCCACAGAGAAGGAUGAUGCUGAUGAAGGAGAGGAAGAGGAGACAGAGGAAGAUGACCUCCCUAAACCAGAGUUCAAACCCCCAGCAGUAGCACCCAGAGAAGAGAACAGGACAGGAGCCAAUAAGAAGACAUACUUUGUCUGCAAUGAUCCUGGCAAAGUGUGGAUGAAGCUCCCUGCUGUGACACCCGCACAGAUCACUGCAGGCAGGAAGAUCAAGAAGUUCUUCACAGGAAGACUGGAUGCACUGGUUGUGAGCUAUCCACCUUUUCCUGGUAAUGAGGCCAACUACCUGAGAGCCCAGAUUGCCAGGAUCUCAGCUGGGACACACAUCUCACCCCUCGGCUUCUACCAGUUUGAUGAAGAUGAGGAAGAGGAGGAGGAAGGAGAGGCCCGUGACCACUUUGUUGAGAAUGUGGACUUUGAGGGCAUUCCUGUCCGUGAGCUGAUCGAUGCCAAUUUGUCCAACUGGGUGCAUCACGUUCAACACAUUCUGCCACAGGGUCGGUGCACAUGGUGGAACCCAGUCCAGAAGUCGGAGGAUGACUUUGAGGAUGAAGAUGAGGAGGAGGAGCGUGAGGAGCCAGACGAGCCAGAACCUGAGGUCGGACCUCCACUCCUGACCCCUCUUGCAGAGGACGAAGAGAUUGCCAGCAUGUCCCCCUGGACCCCUCGUCUUUCCUCCAACCUCAUCCCCCAGUACUCCAUCUCCGUCAUGCACUCAAACCUAUGGCCUGGAGCUCAUGCAUUUGCCUUUGAAAAGAAAUUUGAGAAUGUGUACAUAGGACAUGGCCACAAGUAUGCCCAGGAUAACUACAGUCCCCCUCCCCCACCCGGAGUCCAGGAGGAGUUCCCUAGCGGUCCUGAGAUCACAGAGGCUGAGGACCCCACCCCAGAGGAGGAAGCAGCACUGAGGGCAGCCCAGCAGGAAGCUGCGGAGGCAGCAGAGGAGAUGGAAGAAGCAGAGGAGGAUGAGGAGGAAGAUGAUUAGACUUUUGCUAGGGCAGGGUUAGCACGGCUACUUGGAGGAAGUGAUUUCAUGGGUUUAAUACAUAUAAAGAUAAUUCAACAAGCACUAUUCUCUUAUGGGGUAGAUUCAUUUUAUACAAUUAAUAAUUUUCACUUUAAUUUAGGACUCUCUGAUCUCUACAUUGUUUGGAAACUUUAGAUGUAAAUACUGUUUAAGUGGCUGAUGUUUUUAACACUGUUGAUAUUUAAACUUGUGCAUUUUUAAAUGCAGGAGUUUAUUAGGACAAAACUCUCGAGAUUAUGAAAUUAAACAUCAUGUCUAGACCCUUGAAAUAUUUCACUCUUAGUAUUGAACUGUAUUGACCUCUGAUCACAUAUCAGUAUUGGCAUUCCUGAUGUUAUUAUCCCGCUUAAGGCAUGUCAAUGAACCCAGCAGGGAAUGUUUGUUUGAAACAUUCCUUUCAUCUCAUCCUGGUUCACCCCUCCUCAAUGUGAUAUUUCUUCCAAAGACAUUGCCUUCUGUACAGUAUUUAUGUUACCUGUUUGUAUUAAAGUGAACUUCUACAUACUUUUCUAUCCCCAGUGUUAAGUGCCAGCAUUCACAUGUUUUCAUUGUAAUUUGUUCUCUCCUCUUGAGCACAUGUGGAUGUUAUUCUUCAUGUUGUCUUUGUACAUACUGAAUUCGCAAUAUUUCCUCAUUUGUGCAUUAAAAGUUCAAAUGAAAUUGCAUAAUCGUCUGUAGAUGACUUUUUAAAAGUGAUUUGUAUAAUGUUAGUGGAAAAUAUAUAUUUAUGCCAAAUAAAUUGUGUCAAUAUUAUA